CGAGAGUGCGUGGUGGGGUCUGGCGCGGCCUGGACGGUUGUUCCCGCCAAGAUGCUUCAAAGCUUCAUUAAAAAUGUCUGGGUCCUCUUGGAGCCAUACUAUACCCAAGUUUACCAGGAGAUUUGGGUAGGAAUGGGGUUGAUGAGCUUCAUUGUUUAUAAAAUCAGAAGUGCUGAUAAAAGAAGUAAAGCUUUAAAAGGUUCAAGUCCUGCACCUUCUCACGGCCAUCAGUAACCAGCUCUCUUGAGUGCACAUGGGACGAAACAUCAGUCUGCCUGUAAAUCUAAGCCAGCUGUGUCAGAUGGGAGCACAGAACAUCACUGUAACCUGCAUAAGUAGUGUUGGCUCUGAGGCAUGAAUAAAUGUACCUGUGAGAUGCACCUCCCCA